AUGUCGUCGAACCAGAGCUUCUCCUCUUCAGCAAGCUACAGCUACUCAAGCUCCAGCUCCCGCUCGAACAACAAUGGUCAAGCCACAGGCCAGGCCUCGAUGCAGCAGACCUACACAGAUCCUUCUGGCAAUACGCACGUCAAGACAUCGAACCAAGCCCUGGGACAGCCGGUAGUACAGGACAGCCGUAGCUACGAUGCGCAAGGCCAGGAGCUCGCUGGUACCACGAGCGGAGGCUCCUCCAGGAUCACAGACGUCAGUGACUCGGAACAAGCCAAACGGGAUGCAGAGUACGAGGAGAGGAUGGAAGACGAAUAUGCAAAGCGUGAAGGUGGAGCGUAA